ACUGGGCGGAUUACAGCUGAAAAACAGUCCCAGAAAAACCUUCAGCCAUUACAGGCCGCCUGCUGGUCCCGGUCCCGGACAGGAAAUGAGUUUAAGAUAAGAUGAUUUAUGAGCCGUAUCCAGAGUGCCUGACGGUUAUAUCCGCACGUUUUUAUCAAAUCCUCCGCAGUUCGUCAUUGCUUCAUAGUUUCUGACCGAAACUCCAGCCUGCGUCUUUCGUCCAAACACCGCCACAGUUUGACCGAUUUCAUCUCCGAUUCAUUCAACUUUCUGCAGAAAGCGACGUCUGGAAGAUGAACCCGAGCAGCGGGAAGACGUUCCUCUUCACAUCCGAGUCUGUCGGAGAAGGACACUCCGAUAAAAUGUGUGACCAGAUCAGUGAUGCUGUGCUCGAUGCGUAUCUGAGUCAAGACCCCGACUCUAAAGUGGCCUGUGAGUGUGUGGCCAAGACUGGAAUGAUUUUACUGGUUGGAGAAGUGACAUCGAGAGCCAUAGUGGAUCUCCAGUCCGUAGUCCGGAACACGGUGAAGAGGAUCGGUUACGAUGACUCCUCUAAAGGUUUUGACUACAAGACCUGUAAUGUGCUGGUGGCUCUGGAGCCGCAGUGUGAGGAGAUAUCGGACUGUGUGUUUGAAGGCCGGGACCAGGAGGACAUCGGAGCUGGAGAUCAGGGGCUGAUGUUUGGAUACGCCACCGAUGAGACGGAGGAGUGUAUGCCUUUAACCCUCCUACUGGCUCAUAAACUCAACCACAGGAUGAAGGAGCUCUCGCUUAAUGGAGAGUGUCCCUGGAUACUGCCUGACUCUAAAACACAGGUCACGGUGGAGUAUCGGGAUAACAUGGGAGCCAUGGAGCCGCUACGCAUCCACACUCUGGUCAUCUCGGUCCAGCACAGCCCGGACAUCACGUUGGAGGACAUCAGACGUAACCUGAUGGAGAAGGUGGUGAAGGUCGUCAUCCCUGCCAAGUACCUGGACAAUAAAACCAUCUACCAUCUGCUGCCCAGUGGGAAGUUCCUCAUGGGAGGCCCACAGGGCGAUGCAGGACUGACAGGACGGAAAAUCAUCGUGGACACCUACGGUGGAUGGGGUGGGCACGGAGGUGGGGCUUUCUCUGGAAAGGACUACUCCAAAGUGGAUCGAUCGGGCGCUUACGCGGCACGUUGGGUCGCCAAGUCUCUGGUCAAAGCUGGUCUGUGCAGGAGGGUCCUGGUUCAGAUAUCCUACGCCAUCGGUGUGAGCCACCCUCUCUCCAUCACAGUGUUUCAUUACGGCACGUCCACCAGGGACGAAGACGAGCUGCUGCAGAUCGUGCAGAACAACUUCGACCUCCGGCCUGGAGUCAUCGUGAAGGAACUGGGACUGAAGCGACCCAUCUACCAGCCCACCGCCUGCUACGGCCACUUUGGAAGAAAAGAGUUCCCCUGGGAACAACCGAAGCCGCUGGUCUUAUGAACGCGACCACGUUUGGUCCAAACACUUUGAAUCUAAAAUUAGGGAUGGGCCGAUACGAUACUAGCAUCGGAACUACUAUUUCUGUCUAAACACCAACCGAUACCAUGGAAACGGAAUCAUAAUUAUGUGUUUCCUGCCGAACACGACCUCACACAGACAGGAAGUUACGCGGUCUUGUGUGACCGUUGUUGUGAGUUGGUAGGUGGGGAACCAGCUGCACUGUCACUGUUGUGCUAACAUUUAGCAUUAAUGGUAUGUUAGUAAUUUAGCGUCAUUGCUCAUUAGAAAAUCCUGCUAGCAAAACAGCGACAUUCCUCAUAUGCAGGGCUGAAGUUUCCAGAGGCGACAUGAAUGCUGCCACAUUUACCAGCAGCGACUUUAUUAAGCAUCUGAGUUGUCAUCACGUGAAACAGCACGAGUUUUUUGCCUUUAAGGAAAGGCGCAACAAACCACAGCAAUAACAAACGUUGCUUUAAAAAACAUGAGGAAUUAGAAGAAAGCCAGAAAGCCACCCCAAUAACAGACAAUUUAUUGUCCUGGAUUAACAGCUCCUGUUCUUUGUGGAAAAUGUUCACUGUACGUCCAAUUUCAAGAUAGUUUUUAAUAGAAGUUCUUUGGUCAGAUUCUGAAUCGAAUUUACUCAAAAACUGAAACAGUUCUGUGGAAAUCAUGGAUUUCAUGUUUUAAUAAAACAUGAAUUAUAUAAAUAAAUAUCAAGGCUAUCAAAAAUAACGUGUUAACAGCAUAAACUAAUUGAUGUAAUUGUGUUUAUUUGUUAACUGAGUGCGGGUGUUGAAGCCCCUCACCGGCACACUUCCCGGUGAGAGGCUUCAACACCCGCACUCCUUCAUUUAAAGGUGAAAUAAGUAGCACUGACACCUAGCGUUUCAAAUCAGAACUGCACUUGAAAGAGAAAAACAGUGUUCUUCCUCCCCCUCGGAGAGUUUCGCCAGAAAAAAGACUUACAUAGAAAUGUGAAAUGACUUAAUAAAAAUCAAUGAUACCGGGUAAAAAAAAAAGUUAAUAAAUAACCUUCCCAGCAUUCAAUUAAAAACUAUUGAAAUUUUGCAAUCAAGUAAUACUAACCAAAUUUGUGAGAGGACGGUUCUUUUAUACAAGCUAUGAAGGACGGAGAACAUGGCGCCAGCAAACAUCAUGAUGACGAGCGAAGAUGAUACACACACAGUAAGUUGCUAUGCUAGCGCUAACGUCACGCACUAAUUUACUUUAGCAUAAAAUACAGUGUAAACAAAAGCUACAUUAAUCAACAAAUGCCAAGCAGCUGGUAUUUUCCCGUAGUCUCACUUAAUAAAUUAAUAGUGAUUUCAUAAGUUUAUAAGGACAAACACAGUAUUCAUUUGGCCCAAACAUCAUUACAUUUGUUGUUGUAAACUAACAGACUAGUAGACUAACUUUGUCAGCUCUGCAUCCGUGAGGAGUCGCAUAUGAUUGGUUAAGGAACCAGGAAGUAUUAAAGAGCGACACAGUGCACCGAAGUCAUUCUGUAACGUAACUCUUAUUUUGAAAGGAGAAAAGCUUGACAAAGACAUUGUUGAUGUAGAGAGACAAAUUGUUUAGGAAGCUUCCUUUUAUCCCUCACAACAAAUGACGUGAAGCUGAAGAAUGAAAUAGGAUUCAUAGACCUCUUAAUAAAAUAACACUGGUAUCGGAGCCGUACUUGGUAUCGGCAGAUAUCUAAACCCAGGUAUCGGAAUCGGUAUCGGACAGAAAAAAAUGGCAUUGGAACAUCCCUAUCUAAAAUGAACUGUAAAUAAAAACAGCAUUUAUCUUUAAAUGCUGGUAAUUUCUUUGUAAUCAAAAUAUAAGCUCCUGGUUUUAGUAAUUAUGUUUACUGUUCAGAGAUAAAUCCUGACAAUAACACUUCGAAUCAUUUCUUCAGAUUUCAAAUAUCUGGUACGAUGUCGUUUUGAUAAUGAAAACCUGAAUUAAAAACUGAGUUUUGGGAUUAAAAAAAACUG